UCCACGCCGGGAGCUCAUACGACUAUAUCUACACUCCGCCCAGCAACCACCCCUUCCUCGCUGAACGGACACACCUGGUAUUGACAAAGUAUCUUGUCAAUUGCCCUACUUCAGCCUUUCCUUCAACUACAACAACACCAUCCAUCAUGGUCCGUCUCAGCAAUCUCGUGAGCUGCCUCGGCCUGGCCUCCGCGGUCACCGCAGCUGUGGUCGAUCUCGUUCCCAAGAACUUCGACGACGUUGUCCUCAAGUCCGGCAAGCCCGCUCUGGUUGAAUUCUUUGCUCCCUGGUGCGGUCACUGCAAGAACCUCGCGCCUGUAUAUGAAGAGCUGGGUCAGGCAUUUGCCCACGCCUCCGACAAGGUGACCGUCGGCAAGGUUGAUGCGGACGAGCACCGCGACCUGGGCCGCAAGUUCGGCGUGCAGGGAUUCCCCACGCUGAAGUGGUUCGAUGGAAAGAGUGAUGAGCCGGAGGACUACAAGGGUGGUCGUGAUUUGGAGAGUCUGUCUUCGUUCAUCUCUGAGAAGACCGGUGUCAAGCCCCGUGGACCUAAGAAGGAGCCCAGCAAGGUGGAGAUGCUGAACGACGCGACUUUCAAGGGUGCUGUUGGUGGCGACAAUGAUGUUCUGGUUGCUUUCACCGCGCCGUGGUGUGGACACUGCAAGAACCUCGCUCCUACCUGGGAGGCCCUGGCCAACGACUUCGUCCUCGAGCCCAACGUUGUGAUCGCCAAGGUCGACGCCGACGCUGAGAACGGCAAGGCCACCGCCAGAGAGCAGGGCGUGUCCGGAUACCCCACCAUCAAGUUCUUCCCCAAGGGUUCCACGGAAUCCGUUCCCUACGAGGGUGCCCGCUCCGAGCAGGCCUUUAUUGACUUCCUCAACGAGAAGACCGGCACCCACCGUACCGUUGGUGGUGGUCUUGACACCAAGGCCGGCACCAUUGCCAGUCUGGACGAGCUGAUUGCCAGCACUUCCGCUGCUGAUCUCGCCGCCGCGGUCAAGAAGGCUGCUGCUGAGUUGAAGGACAAGUACGCUCAGUACUACGUCAAGGUUGCCGACAAGCUGAGCCAGAACGCCGAGUACGCCACCAAGGAGCUUGCUCGUCUGGAGAAGAUCCUGGCCAAGGGAGGAUCGGCCCCUGAGAAGGUCGACGACCUCAUCUCCCGCAGCAACAUCCUUCGCAUGUUUGUUGGUGAGGAGAGGGAGGAUGCCAAGGAUGAGCUGUAGAUAUUGUAUCGAUAUGACUUUCUUAGCUAGGUGACGGUCACCUAGAUUCUAUUACUCUGUAUGAUAUCGAGAGGCAGUUACGAGAAUGUUAUCGAUGCGAACAGUA